AUGGCCCUGCAACCUUCUCUUCAACGUGCUUUUGUGGUAGCGGGGUCCUACAACGCUCCUCACACCCUUGAUAUCUUCCUUGACUAUGUGUGCCCGUUCUCCGCCAAGAUGUCCAUUGCGAUCGAGAACGUCCUAAGGCCCCUCUUGGGCGAAAACGGAAAGUACGCCGGCAAAGUCAAGGUCAUCUUCCGGAACCAGGUCCAACCUUGGCACAGUAGCUCGACCUUGGUGCAUGAAGCUGGUCUCGCGGUUGCGCGCGUCGCGCCCGACAGCUUCUGGAAGUUCUCCCUCGCACUGUUCAAGAAUCAGGGAGAGUACUUCGACAUCCCGACAUCGACCAUGACCCCAGUGCAGAUCCGCGAGAAGCUCGCUACUCUUUUCGCCGAGAGCACUGGCAUGGAGGCGGCAUCGUUUGGAGACCAGCUUGUGCUGAAGAGCACUCCGAAUGGCGGGACGGCAGUCACCGAUGACCUAAAGUACACAGUCAAGUUCUCGCGGCAGAACGGGAUUCAUGUCUCGCCGACCGUUCUCUGGGACGGCCUUGUGGCCAAUGAGACCUCGAGCAGCUGGAGCGAGCGGGAGUGGACGGACUUCCUCGAGAAAAAGGUUACUGCAUGA